AUGCGUGGAAUUCAUCAGAAAUUUUCUCCCUUUUUUUGCCGUGGACUGCAUAAACUGUCACAUGAUGGCCCGAGUGAAACCUUGAAAAAGAAAAUUGCUGAGUUAGAGAAGAAGAGGAAAACAAGAAAUCCCAGGAAGAAUAAAUUACUUGUGGAUGUUCCUGAGUCGAAAAAGUUCCUUGAUACAGCAACCAUGCCAAUGUUACUCACUGUUGUGGGGACUGCUCUCUUUGCUAAGCUCCUCAUGAUGUAUGAUGACUCCACAGAACAGGAAAGGAUCGAGCGAAAGAUAAAGGAGACCCCUGGCCUGGGCAGUGUAAGGAUGCUCACUCGUGAAGAGUGGGAUGCAAUUCAAGAAGUGAGACCAAGGACACCAUUUGAAUCUAAGAUAGCACGCCCCAAUGCAAAAAUACGAACUGGGGAGCCACUUCAUAUGGAAGAUGUCAAGGAUUGGACAGUGGAUGUGUUUGCAGAUGCAUUGACACGGGCUGAGGAGACUGCCAAACAUGGAUCUAACUAA